GAUGAUGUAUACCCGAUGAGAAAUAAUAACAGGUAACGAUCUAUCUUUCUGCUGGACAAUAGCCUAUAGAAUGAUUAGAAAGUUUUGUCGGAGGUAACUGAUUAACGUAGGCGUUCAAAUUUGUUAUCCUGUUACCAUGGGUUAAGCAAUAAAGAUAAAAGCAUAAAAAAGUAUUAGCUGAAAACAUUAUUUUUGCAAACGGCAAUUAUUUAUAUCAAUAAAGAUAAGGCAUACACAAGCGAGGUAUUUUAAAACUAUGCUUUUUUGUCAAAUUCAUAUAAAGUGUGUGUAACGGUUUAUUAAGUUCGAUUGAUUUUUUUAGCAUGAGAAGUACUUCGAUGCUGGCUGUUGCGUCAAAAGAAAUUAUAAAAUUAGAAGAACACGUGAGUCGAGAAGAGACUCAAUCUAUUGAAUAUUCCAACAAUCUAAACAGUGCUACCAAGCAGAUUUCAGCCUUAAUGGUGAACACCAGUAUAGAGUUAUCACACUGGUAGAUAAUCUACAGAAUACGACAGCCUUUGGAGGAGACAAUAGUAAAGAGAGUUCUAUUGAAAUGUCAAAUAGUAAUGAAUGUUGUAUACGUUCAUUAGAUGUACAAGACAAUGAAGUACCGGGAGUGAUAGGUAAUUUACCAUGCACGGAAAAUAGUGAAGCAUCAGGUGAAGAUAAUACCCAAUGUAAAUCAGAGAACGAAUUUUGUAGCGUUGGCAAUUCUAUCCACAAUCACCCCUCACAUAGUUUGGACGAGACGACAGUGCCACCAUCACUGACUCAUAAUACAGUAAAUGGUAAUGCAUCCAAUAUGAUACCUUACGAGCCUAUUAGUGAACAAAGCGAUACAAAAUUCUUAAAAGAAUUGGAAAGCAAUAGUGAUAAUGUGAAAGUUCAACAUGCUUCAACUUCAACAAAUAAAUAUCGGAUUAACAACAGUGGAGAUGAAAAUAUUCAAGAUGAAAACGAAAUUGAUCAGGAAAACUCAUUAUAUACAUCAAAUAAGGAAACCAGCGAUGGGCUUUCGUCUGAAAUGAAAAAGUGUAAUGAACCAAAAUUACAAAUCAAGAUUCAUAAAAACGAGUCUGGCUAUAAAAGUAAAACUAGGAUUUCACAAAACGACAACCGAGUUACCUAUAUCAAUAAGGACAAUAUUGGGAAGACAAUUGAUUAUAGCUAUUUUAUAAGGAACUUUCAGAGAGAAGAAUCGAUUGUACCAAAUGUAAAAUCGACAAAAAGCAUGACAGAUGCUAUAAAAGCAAAGAUGAAGUCAGCAACAUCGAGACAAGAAGGGGACAUAUAUGAGGAAGGUCUUUUCGAUGCUGACCAACCCAAAACGUUUAGAGAAUGGUAUCAGUAUACCGAACAAAUAAAAGCCUAUGCUUCAGCUAGAGUAAAAUCAGGAGCAGUUAAACUGAGAAGAGAGCAUGAUAAUAUUUUGGUAUUAGAUAUAUCUGAACGUAUGGCAGAGUAUUUUCAACAGAUGAAAUCAGCUGCUCUACAGUAUGUGUAUGGAAUUAAAGAAAUCGCAGAAUGUGGCGGGAAUGAAAAUGGUAUUGGUUUAGCAGUAUUUGGACGACAAACCCGACUUAUUCAAGAAGCAACGAUUGAUUUUGAAUUAAUCAUAGAAUUGAUAAGACAAUUACGACCGGAUGGAGAUGCUUCUAUCAUUGCGGGACUUUUGAUGGGUUAUGCUGGUGUUUCUGCAUGUAAAGUAAGCAGAAUACAAGAUGUUGUUAUACGGGCACAUAUGAUUGUUUUCACUAAUGGAUCGUCAGACCAAUGUUCAUUUUCAGCAGAAAGUAAAAAAACUGCAUCAAUAAAUGAUAAAGUAUCAACCGACAUUGAUUGUAUUAUUGACGAGAUAACUUCUACCACUACAAAAAUAUUUUAUGUUCCUAUUGGUGGAGAUCAGUGCAACAGUAUUUUAAAACAAGUUGUAAGAAAAACAAACGGAAAAACUAUACCAGACAAUGAAAUGAAUCGCUUGAUCAGAAUGUCUCGAGUGAUGCAACUGGCAGUAAAUAUAUCAUCAGAUAUACGAUAUUUAAAGAAUCAAAGCAGAGAUGAUAUCAAAAAGAUAAUAUCAAACCUAUCAAAUGUUCCCGAUACACACGAUGACUGUCUAGAUAUGGUGCAAGAUUUCAGCAACCCUAUAAAGUAUUUUAAUAAUCAAGGUCUAUAUACAGAUAUAAAACGUAACACACUUAAACUAGGAGAUAGAGUAAGACGAGGACCGGAUUGGACUAACGAUGAUCAAGAUUUAGGUCUUCCAGGAACAGUUAUUGGACAGAAACGAGACAACUGGUCUUUAACAAAAGAGUGCGUUCUAGUUGAAUGGGACCAUGGAAGAAUAUUUUCAUAUUUGUAUGAUGAACAGAAGAAUAAAUUCAAAAUAAAAAAAGUUAAUGAACCUAGAAUUCUUGCCAAUGAGAUGAUAGCAGUAGGUUGUAGAGUUGUCAGAGGACUAGACUGGAAAUAUGGAGACCAUGAUGGAGGUAUAGGAACGUUAGGAACAGUAUUGGAUCUGAGUACAGAAAGGACAGUAGUUGUCAUAUGGGACAGUAAAAAUGUAGGCCUAUAUAGAUUUGGAUUUAAGGGACUUUUUGAAGUGAAGCUGUGUGGUGAUUUGUCAAACAGUAUGCCAUAUGAACAAACCAAAAAGUCGGUUUAUUCCGAACAAAAGUUUAAAAACAAAGAACCUGGAAACUAUCGAAAUACUUCAGAAACAAUGAUCACAAAUGAACGUGAUAAAGAGAACUACCUUUUUCCUUUAUAUUCAGAUACAUCAGUCAGUGCCAUUUGGGAAUACCAGAACAGUUUACAAUGGACGAAAUAUCCAUCCGGAAUAAAUGUAAAGAUUGAAAAAGCAUAUCAAAGGAAGAAAUCAGGAAAAAUCAUUAUCGAAAUGGAUCGCACAACAUACAUAGUCAAUUUUUCGAAAAUGACACAGGAAAACGCCAACAAUAAAACAGAAAUGGCUGUAAGAAGAAAAGAUUGAUGACUUACUACUACAGUGACUGUAAACAAUAUUGUUUCUGUGCCCGCUAGAAACAUGUGAAAAAAAUCAAAAAGUUAAGACCACUCUAAAAUAACAUAUUCCAACAUUUUGACCCCUCAAAGCAGUGCCAUUUUAAAAAUUAUAAAUAAAUAGAUAAAAGUUGGCGUACUUUUGGCAAACUAUUAUA